AUGGCUGACUCUUUAUCUGAUGUACCAUCAGCGACCGCCCAGAAAAUUGCAAUCGCGAAACAAAAGAAAGACGCAGGAGACCAAGCAUUCAAACUAGGAAAUGUGAAAGAUGCAUUAAAAUCUUACCAUGAGGCGCUCAUGUAUCUGUUAGGACUGGAUAAGAAUGCACUGCAGAACAUCAGUGGUCCUUCCAGACCCGCCGACCCUGCUUCUUCGGAUCCCACUAAAGGCGCAGCAGUGAAAGAAAAGACAGAGGUCGACGAUAUCUUGGAAAAGAUCUACGCUAAUAUGUCUGCCUGCCAUUUGAAGAACCAGAAUUGGAGGAGAGCUGUAGAAACUGCAGACAAGGCCUUGGCGAAGAAUGAAAAUAAUUACAAGGCAAUGUUCCGUAAAGGAAAGGGAUUGGGCGAGCAAGGCUUUUUUGAAAAGGCCCUGAAGAUCCUAGAAGAUCUCAAAACAAAGAACCCAACAGAUGGCCCACUUGUUGACCAGGAAAUUGCUAGGUUACGUGCUAUCGACGAGGAGCGGGAACGUGUCCACAAAAAGAAAAUGAAGGGUUUCCUUAACAAGGCCGAGAAGAAGGGAGAGGCAUUAUUUAAUGACGAUGCCGCGAUACCCACGGAAAACAAAGGUAGCUUCAUCGAAGAAGUGUCUGAUUAA